CUUUUUCUCUCUGUUUCUGUGGGAUUAAGAUAAAUGGGUGAUUAUAAUUUGCAUCAAAACCCUCAUCCAUGCAAUGAACUCGGCUCCGAUGACCGUCGUUUAUCGACCGAUUCGGUCACGGUAUGGCGGAGAUCUUUCAUGACGGGCCACGGAGACGAGGAAGGCAGCAGCGGGGGGAGGGCGGUGGAUGGAUGGCGGAGUGAUGGGUUGCCUCCUUUAAGCAAGAUUGGUGGCGGAGAGAUGAGCUCCGGCGGCGGCGACAGCAGAAAUUCCGGGCGUAAUAUUGACCCUAAUAUGGAUCCAAGGAAACUCAAACGAAUAAUGUCCAAUCGAGUCUCGGCUCAAAAAUCUAGGCUUAAAAAAGUUCAAUAUGUAGCUGAUAUGGAAAGGAAGCUCAAAGCUCUCGAGGCACAUAUAGCUGUUCUAUCUCCUCAAGUCGAGCUGUUUAGGAACCAACAGCAUGUGUUGCAAAUGGAACAAAAGAGGUUGAAUCAGAAGAUUUUGAAUUGCUCGAGGAACAAGCUGAUACGAGACGCUGAAAUAGAAGAGAACAAAGCUGAAGUGAACAGGCUGAGGGAGCUCCAAAUGAAGCAGCAGCAGCAGAGUGAAGCCAAUGCGUGGGAUAAUAAUGCUUUCCAAAUGCCGCCGCCGGAGCUGAGCAACCUCGUCUCUCCCCGACCAAACCAAGCAGAAAAUGGAGAGAGAACAGUAGGAGGAAAUGGGCUGGGCCGGUUCAACUCAACAGCCCUUCGUAGAAUGAUUGAGUACAAGUGGAUGCCAACACCUGGGCUUCGUCAAGGUUUUGAGCCCAACUUCAACUUAUUGGGCCACAAAGGAAUGGAAAAGCCCAACUAAAGCAAUGGGCCGGUUUCUGGACCAAGAUUGAGACCCGCAAUGGAUUGAACCGAGAAAUUAAUUUGAGAGCUUUGUGGGAGAAAUCAAUUUGAGAAA